CGCUCUUAUUGCGAGGGACUAAUUCGGGGACAGUCUCAAAGGUUUAUCGAUAGCAAUAAUAAUCCCUGAAAGCAACAGUGCACCCCAACUGACUCCAUUUCCAUCAAAGCUUGUUAUGGCCCCUCGAAUCCUUCUCUGCGGCGACGUUUUUGGCCGCCUUAACCAACUCUUCAAGCGCGUCUCAUCGGUUAACAAAUCGGCGGGUCCAUUCGACGCGCUCUUGUGCGUUGGCCAAUUCUUCCCUGACUCACCGGAGCUGCUUGAUGAGUUUAUGGCAUACAUUGAAGGUGGAUCCCACAUUCCCCUUCCUACUUACUUCAUCGGCGAUUACGGUGUCGCCGCCCCUAAAAUCUUGUUGGCGGCUUCUAAGGAUUCUGCUAACCUUGGUUUCAAGAUGGACGGCUUGAAGGUUUGCGAUAAUUUGUUUUGGUUGAAAGGCAGUGGCAAAUUCAACCUCUUCGGGUUAUCUGUGACCUAUUUAUCUGGUAGGAAAUCGUCAAAUGUUCAGCAGUUUGGAACUUACAGUGAAGAUGAUGUUGAUGCUUUGCGUGCGAUAGCCGAGGAACCUGGAGUUGUUGAUUUGUUCUUGACUAAUGAAUGGCCAAGUAAGGUCACAAAUGGAGCAGCUGCUUCAGAUAUUCCUGCUGGAUUCUCAGAUUCUACCGGCAGUGAUUCAACCAUAUCAGAGUUAGUACAGGAGAUUAAACCACGCUAUCAUAUUGCAGGUUCUAAAGGUAUACACUAUGCCCGUGAACCAUAUUCCAAUGUUGAUGCCGUGCACAUUACACGUUUCAUAGGGCUUGCGUCUGUUGGAAAUAGAGAUAAGCAGAAAUUUAUUCAUGCAAUUUCUCCAACACCUGCAUCCACCAUGUCUUCAACUGAGAUUGCCAUGAAAACCACAAAUACCACCUUAUCACCAUACACAUCUGCGGAGGAAAAAGCUUCUCCAAAGGAUACUGUAAAGAGACCCAGUGACGGUAGCUCUGAUUCUCAACACUGGAGAUAUGAUGUUUCACAAAAGCGACAGAAAUAUGACACUGGAGAUAAGUUGUGUUUCAAAUUUACAUCUUCUGGCUCUUGUCCACGGGGAGAGACAUGCAAUUUUCGACAUGACACAGAUGCAACGGAGCACUGCUUGAGAGGUGUUUGUUUUGAGUUUUUGAACAAGGGAAAAUGUGAUAAGGGUCCUGAUUGCCGCUUUAGGCACAGCUUGCAGGAUGAAGGUGAUAAGCAUCCUUCUAAUAGGUCAAGAGAGUGUUGGUUUUGCUUGUCAAGCCCCAAUGUGGAGUCACAUUUAAUCAUAAGCAUUGGGAAUUACUAUCUAGCACUGGCUAAAGGUCCACUUGUUGAAGACCAUGUGCUGAUAAUACCUGUUGAGCAUAUGCCAAAUACUUUAUCUUUGUCUUCUGAAUCUGAUGCUGAGCUCUUAAGGUUUCAGAACAGUCUCAAGAGAUAUUUCAAGAACCAAGAAAAGGAAGUCAUAUUUUUUGAGUGGGCUUCUGUACGUGGCUUUCAUGCCAAUCUUCAGGUCAUUCCCAUUGCGUCUUCCAAAGCAGUUAUGGUUGAAAAAGCAUUCAACUUAGCUGCACAAAAGUUGGAAUUUAAAUUUGUGACAAAGAAAUUUGAUAGUAUUUCUGAUGGAAGAAAGUUUUUGAAGACGCAAAUCGACGGGAAUUCAAGCUUGUUCUAUGCUGAAAUACCAGGAGGUACAAUUUUGCUGCACCAUGUUGAGGAGAAAGACACAUUUCCUGCCCAAUUUGGACGUGAGGUUCUGGCAGGGUUGCUUAACAUGGCAGAUAAUGCAGAUUGGAGGAAUCAUAAACAUAACAAAGAUGAAGAGUUGAAAAUAGUUGAAGAUUUCAAAGACCGAUUUGAAGAAUAUGAUCCAAACCAUUGACUGUGUUCAUAUAUUAAAUUAUCUAUUUACAGUGAUGUCAUGAUGAUUUUGUUGACUCGGCGCAUCUAUCAGUUACAUACGCCCAAUCGCUUGGAGCACAAGAUUUCAAACUAAGGAUGCAAGAUAGUCCUACAGGAUUUCAGUCGGCCACUUUCAUCAGCGGUUCCUGCGGUGAGCUUCACUUUCCUGAAGCUCGUGUCUCUAAAAUCUGAAUGGAACCUUUUAUGUGACUAUAUAUGCACAUUGUAUGGACACCUCAAACUUGGUAUUGGCAUUCUGCAUAUUUUCCAGGCGGUGAAUGGCCAAGCCGAAUUAGCUAUCCUAUCGCCUAGGCUUUAUACGCUGGUCAACAAGCAGCUGCCACAUUCAUGUUUUGAAACAGUUAGAUUUGCAUCUGCUUUAUGUAAGUUAAGAUAUUCGUAUUUGUUUCGAGAGACUGGGAAGUUGAGGGUAAGAAUGAAAAUUUGUUUCAAAUUUAACAAGCAAUCAGUAUCCUUUUAUUCGAUGUUCA